AUGAGAGGCAACUCCAGCAAGAGCACGGCGCCUCAGCCUCAAGUUCCUAAAAACUGGAACGCGACCGACAUUCCGUCGCAAAAGGACAGGAUUGUGAUCGUCACGGGUGGCAAUUCGGGGAUCGGCUUCAUCACUGCGCUGGAGUUGGCUCGCAAGGGAGCGCACGUGGUGCUAGCCUGUCGCAACAGAGAGCGUGGUCUCAAGGCGGAAGCGGACAUUCGAGAGCUCAUCAAAUCUGUACCUGGUCACGGCACUGUCAAGCUCGUGUUGGUGGACAUUGGAGACUUGAGCAGCGUUCACAAAUUCUGCGAGACGUUCAAGAAGAUGCAUCCGCGAUUGGAUCUGCUCGUUAACAACGCCGGGAUCGUUGGGGGCACGUACACCAAAACAGUCGACGGCUAUGAACUGCAGUUUGCCACUAACUAUCUGGGCCACUUCGCGCUGACAGCGCAGCUCUUUGAUCAACUCAAGAAGAGCGAUUCGUCUCGCAUCGUCACCGUUAGCAGUCUCCUGCAUCGUCAUGCGUACUUUAUCUUCGACGAGGACAAGAUCAUGGCCAACAACGAGAAAGAGUACGGACAGAUCACGACUUACUCCGUCUCGAAGCUCUGCAACCUUCUCUUCACGCUGGAGCUCGACCGUCGACUGAAAGCUGCGGAGAUUAUCAACAUUACAACUGCAGCGGCGCACCCUGGAUACUGCGAUACCAAGAUCAUGAAGAAAGGUGCUGAUACCAACCGGGACAGUUGGUUCUGGUGGUUGGUUUUCCGCACGGUGGCGGUGGCGCCACCCCAAAGUGCGGAGAAGGGAGCGCUGUCGAUUCUGUACGCUGCUGCGGCUGAAGGUGUUAAGGGUGGUGACUACUACGGACCAAAGUAUUUGGAGUGCUAUGGUUCGCCGAUUCGUGAGGAGCCGUCGACCCUCAGCAAGUCCGAGACUGCAGCUGUCAAACUCUGGGAGUUUAGCGAGAAGCUCACACACCUCAAGUUUGAGGUGGUCAAGUAA